GCUACCACAACCACUUCAGAACCUGAAACAACUACUGUUUCAGCUACCACAACCACUUUAGAACCUGAAACAACCACGGCUUCAGCUACCACAACCACUUCAGAACCUGAAACAACCACUGUUUCAGCUACCACAACCACUUCAGAACCUGAAACAACAACUGUUUCAGCUACCACAACCACUUCAGAACCUGAAACAACUACUGUUUCAGCUACUACAACCACUUUAGAACCUCAAACAACUACUGUUUCAGCUACCACAACCACUUCAGAACCUGAAACAACUACGGCUUCAGCUACCACAACCACUUCAGAACUUCAAACAACCACUGUUUCAGUUACCACAACCACUUCAGAACCUGAAACAACUACUGUUUCGGCUACCACAACCACUUCAGAACCUGAAACAACUACGGCUUCAGCUACCACAAUCACUUCAGAACCUGAAACAACUACGGCUUCAGCUACCACAACCACUUCAGAACCUGAGGCAACCACUGCUUCAGCUACCACAACCACUUCAGAACCUCAAACAACCACUCCUUCAGCUACCACAACCACUUCAGAAUCUCAAACAACUACUGUUUCAGCUAUCACAACCACUUCUGAACCUCAAACAACCACGGCUUCAGCUACCAAAACCACUUCAGGACUCCAAACUACUGUUUCAGCUACGACAACCACUUCAGAACCUCAAACUACUGUUUCAGAUACCGCAACCACUUCAGAAUCUCAAACAACUACGGCUUCAGGUACCACAACCACUUCAGACUCUCAAUCAACCACAGUUUCAGGUACCACAGGUACUUCAGAACCUGAAACAACCACUGUUUCAGCUACAACCACUUCAGAACCUCAAACAACAACUGUUUCAGGUACCACAGGUACUUCAGAACCUCCAACAACCACUGCUUCAGCUACAACCACUCCAGAACCUCAGACAACUACAGGUACAACUACUGAUGCUACUACAAGAACCACAACUGCAGUCCCUGAGGCAACUACUACUUCAGCUGCUACGACUUCAGUUCCUCAGACAAGUACAACUUCAGCUAUCACUACCACUACCCCAGUUUCCAUAACCACUUCAGAACAUCAAACAACUGUUACAUCAGGUACCACAACCGUUACUUCUGCUACUACAACCACUUCAGAACCUGAAACAACUGCUUCUUCAGGUACCACAACCACUCCAGAACCUGAAACAACUUCAGCUACCACAACCACUUCAGAACCUGAAACAACCUCUUCAGUUACCAAAACCACUUCAGAAACUGAAACAUUCAUGACUUCAGCUACCACAACCACUUCAGAACCUGAAACAACCUCUUCAGUUACCAAAACCACUUCAGAAACUGAAACAACCAUGACUUCAGCUACCACAACCACUUCAGGACCUGAAACAACCUCUUCAGUUACCAAAACCACUUCAGAACCUGAAACAACCGUUACUUCAGGUACCACAACCACUUCAGAACCUGAAACAACUGCUUCUUCAGGUACCACAACCACUUCAGAACCUGAAACAACCGCUUCUUCAGGUACUACAACCACUUCAGGACCUGAAACAACCGCUCCUUCAGCUACCACAACCACUUCAGAACCUGAAACAAGUGUUACUUCAGCUAUCACAACCACUUUAGGAUCUGAAACAAUUUCAGUUACCACAACCACUUCAGAGCCAGAUACAACCGUUACUUCAGCUACCACAACCACUUCAGGACCUGAAACAACUUCAGGUGCCACAACCACAUCAGGACCUGAAACAACCGCUUCCUCAGCUGCCACAACCACUUCUAGACCUGAAACAACCGUUACUUCAGCUGUCACAACCACUUCAGGACCUGAUACAACCAUUACUUCAGCUACCACAACCACUUCAGAACCUGAAACAACCGCUUCUUCAGGUACUACAACCACUUCAGAACCUGAAACAACCGCUUCUUCAACUACCACCACUUCAGAACCUGAAACAAGUGUUACUUCAGCUAUCACAACCACUUUAGGACCUGAAACAACUUCAGUUACCACGACCACUUCAGAACCAGAUACAACCGUUACUUCAGGUACCACAACCACUUCAGGACCUGAAACAACUUCAGGUGCCACAACCACUUCAGGACCUGAAACAACCGCUUCUUCAGCUACCACAACCACUUCUAGACCUGAAACAACUGUUACUUCAGCUAUCACAACCACUUCAGGACCUGAAACAACUUCAGUUCCCACAACCACAUCAGAACCUGAUACAACCAUUACUUCAGCUACCACAACCACUUCAGAACCUGAAACAACCGCUUCUUUAGGUGUAACAACCACUUCAGAACCUGAAACAACUGCUUCAGGUACCACAACCACUUCAGAACCUGAAACAACCGUUACUUCAGGUACCACAACCACUUCAGGACCUGAAACAACUUCAGCUACCAGAACUACUUCAGGACAUGAAACAACCACUUCUUCAGCUGCCACAACCACUUCUAGACCUGAAACAACCGUUACUUCAGCUGUAACAACCACUUCAGGACCUGAAACAACUUCAGUUACCACAACCACAUCAGAACCUGCUACAACCAUUACUUCAGCUACCACAACCACUUCAGAACCUGAAACAACCGCUUCUUCAGGACCUGAAACAACUUCAGUUACCACAACCACUUCAGAGCCAGAUACAACCGUUACUUCAGCUACCACAACCACUUCAGGACCUGAAACAACUUCAGGUGCCACCACUUCAGGACCUGAAACAACCGCUUCUUCAGCUGCCACAACCACUUCUAGACCUGAAACAACCGUUACUUCAGCUAUCACAACCACUUCAGGACCUGAAACAACUUCAGUUACCACAACCACAUCAGAACCUGAUACAACCAUUACUUCAGCUACCACAACCACUUCAGAACCUGAAACAACCGCUUCUUCAGAACCUGAAACAAGUGUUACUUCAGCUACCACAACCACUUUAAGACCUGAAACAACUUCAGUUACCACAACCACUUCAGAACCAGAUACAACCGUUACUUCAGGUACCACAACCACUUCAGGACCUGAAACAACUUCAGGUGCCACAACCACUUCAGGACCUGAAACAACCGCUUCUUCAGCUACCACAACCACUUCUAGACCUGAAACAACCGUUACUUCAGCUAUCACAACCACUUCUAGACCUGAAACAACUUCAGUUAGCACAAUCACAUCAGAACCUGAUACAACCAUUACUUCAGCUACCACAGCCACUUCAGGACCUGAAGCAACCGUUACUUCAGGUGUAACAACCACUUUAGAACCUGAAACAACUGCUUUUCCAGGUACCACAACCACUUCAGAACUUGAAACAUCUGCUUCUUCAGUUACCACUACCAAUUCAGAACCUGAAACAACUGCUUCAUCUACCACUUCUGAACCUCAAACAACCGCUAGGUCAGGUAUCACAACCAUUUCAGAACCUGGAACAACCGGUACUGCGGGUACCACAACCACUUCUGAACCUCAAACAAUUUCUGUUUCAGCAACUACCACCACUUCAGCUCCUCAGACAAGUACAACUGAAGCUACUACAACUACACCAGAGCCUCCAACAGUAACAGUUGUCAACACUUCGGACAAGUCAAGUUACUCCUACAACGUCAGCCACACCAAUAAGCACUACACAUACCACAAGGACUUUAGCUCCGCAGACAACAACUACUUCAGCCACACGUACGACCUCAGCUCCACAGAUAACGACCUCAGCCUCAGAGGCAACUACUUCUCCAGCUACGGCUACAGUUGUAACGCAAAUUGCAACGACAAGCACCACGUCUGUAUUACCACAAACAAGCACUACUUCAGAUACCACGACUAUAAUAGCAGAAACAAGUACUGCUUCAGAUACCACGACUAUAAUAGCAGAAACAAGUACUGCUUCAGAUACCACGACUAUAGUAGCAGAAACAAGUACUACUUCAGAUACCACGACUAUAAUACCACGGUACCACAGACAAGUACUGCUUCAGAUAACACAACUGUAGUACCUCAAACAAGUACUGCUUCAGAUACUACGACUAUAGUACCACUAACAAGUACUACAUCAGAUACCACGACUUUAGUACCACAAACAAGCACUGCAUCGGAUACCACGACUAUAGCACCACAAACAAAUAACGACAGUAGCUGCUUCAGAUACCACGACCACAAGUACUGCUUCAGAUACCACGACGUAGUACAACAAAUACCACGACUGCAGUACCACAAACAAAGCAGCAUGAUACCACGACUUAGUACCACAAACAAGUACUGCUUCAGAUACCACGACUAUCAGUACCACAAAACAAAUACCACGACUGUAGUACCACAAAACAAAGCACUGCUCGGAUACCACGACUGGAGUACCACAAACGCUCCAGAUACCACCGACUGCAACCUCAAACAGUACUGCUUCAGAUACCACGACUAUAUUACCACAAACAAAACUGCUUCAAGAUACCACACUGUAUGCUUAAACAAAACUAACUGCUUCAGAUACACGACUGUAGUACCACAAUACAAGCUGCUUCAGAUACCACGACUAUAA